GGGAGUAGAGCGGACGCACUCUCCCGCGCUCCUCUCUUUCACCCCUUCCCGCUCUCACACACAAACGUCAGUCAAGAUGUGAGGCGCUGGGCCAGGCGCCUUCAAACUGCCACCACGCUGCGUCAACUCGCUGUUUUCAUCUGUGAUCUCAACUGUGAUAAUGCCGAAAGGUUUCCUGGUGAAAAGAAGAGAAGACAUGAGUGCUUUGGACUUGGUGCCGUACAGGCCGUGGCGCGACGCCCACCUGCCAGCAGAACAAGAAGAACCGGUGGACUUCAGCCUCCGUAGAAGACGUGACAGGGAGGCCAAGCCCCAGGAGGACCUACACCAGGUACGUGGUGACGAGUACGUCGAGGUUGUGAAGGAGGCGGUGGCGCACGUACGAGGGGUCGCCGAGAAGGGAAGUCGCCUGUUGGUGAGAACCCCGGACUCGGGUUUCAGCAGCCCCUCCGAUGGCGACUUCUACAGGAGGUCAGUGUGUCACACACCCUCAGCGCGACUCCCGCCCAAGCUGCAGGCUGAGGCGGUGAUCCCGUGCGAGGUGGUGGAGCAGACGACCCCUCUAGCACUCAUCAAAAGAAAAUCAUACGAAGAUGACUUGGCCACGUCCUUACACGUGACCACCGUGCACCACCCUCCUGACCCCAACCACUUUCAACCCUUCCAGUUGACUAUCCCGAGACUGGACGACCCGCGGUACAUGAUCCCGCCGCAGACCAGCCCCUACCACCUGUUGUCUCCCACGCUCUACUGGCCGCAUGGCUCCUCACCGCUCAGGUCUCCCAUCCCCUUCACCUCACCCCUCGGUCGCUCACCCUACGACCUCAGUCACACUGCGGUGCCCCUUCAGAGCCCCCAAGAGGGUCUCAAUCUCACUACGCGUCCUCCAGGCUCCCCACGCCUCACCACACCCAUCAAGGUCCCACCUAAGUCACCAGGAACCAGCAGCGUCGCCACGCCACAGAAGCGAAAGUCCCCCACCACCUCUGGCACUUCCGAGAAGAAGUUGAAAACUUCCAAGAAAACCAAAGCAGCGCGUCGUCUGAACUUUGACGAGGACAAGACGUCGCCCGUCUCUGGAACCAUCAUUAGGGAGUUGGCAGAAGGUGAGGAACCUCUCGUUGUCAGGAAAGGCGACAUUGACCCAGCCUACAACGUUGUUGAGAUCACAGAAGAAGCCAAGGCUGAGCUCGCCAAAAUCGACAACAAGAUCGGCGAUUACGUGUGUCGACUCUGUAAGGAGAUGUACGAUGACGCCUUCGGUCUGGCCCAACACCGGUGCUCCCGGAUCAUCCACGUGGAGUACCGGUGUCCGGAGUGCGACAAAGUGUUUAACUGUCCCGCCAACCUUGCCUCUCACAGGAGGUGGCACAAACCUAAGACCUCCAUGACUACGUCUACCUCCGUGCCCAGUACCAGCGCCGCCCCCACCAAGUGUGAGACGGACGCCAACCCGGGUAAGAGCUACACAGAGAACAACAACAACAGCAGCACCAACAACAACAACCUGCUGAAGGGUCCCCCCGCCCUGGUGCCACUGCCGCAGUUCAUGGCUAUGGUCAACGAGGAGGACAACUCUGAGGAACAGUUCGAGUGUGAGCUGUGCUUCAAGAAGUUCAAGCGACAGUCUUACCUGAGGAAGCACCUGGCAACGCACCGCGGAGAACCGAGCAACGCUGAUGGUGCCGGACCUUCUCACGCCCGUCAGCCUCCCGCCCUUACGCCCCUGAUGUCACCACAUUUCCCCAGCGAGGUCCUGCCCUGUCACCUGUGUGCGGCCGCUUUCUACACCCCUGCGGCGCUCGAGCUCCACCUGGAGACGACGCACAUGCCCAAGCUGGAUCCCCCCACCACCAGCACGCCGCUACACGUGCCCCGACCUCAGUUCUCACCUCGGGGGCACGUCCCAUCGCAACCUCCGCCUCCCCCACCACCUCACCUCCUUCAUCGCCCACAUCAGAUCUCCGCGCCCACGUAACUCAGCGGCGAUCCUUUCUUCCUUCCCACCCACGUCUCCCCUCGGUGCUACAGAAGUCCAGCGGACGUCAACAAGACGUCGUGGGGCGUCUGGAGACGUCUAACAACAGCCAGCAAAAGUCAUCUAUCUGCUCUUCCCGGCCUCAGCGCGGCGUCAUGGCAGGUCCUCCAUCACCUCCCUCUGCUACUACAGCGGUAGGACGACCUUCCUCCUCCUCCAGCAUAUCAGGUAUCAGUUCCCAGGCUACUUUAUACUCUUAAGUCUCGGCUCCCAUACUCGAGCUGACCAUGGUACUACUUCCUUAGUCGAGUCAUUGGUCAUUGUCUUGAUCACAUUCCAGUGUUUGUGUGUUUUGAUGUGUCCACAACCUUUCUUGAGACAACUGGGAGAAAUAAAAGGAAACGCACUUAGAGUUAAGAGCUAUAUUUAAGUUUAUAUAUUAUUUUCCUUGUCCUACGCAUCAAUUUCAGGGCGUAUGGGCGUAAAUGCGUAGUAAACAUGUACUAUAAUCGCCCCGGCCCCCACCCUGUGAAUGGUCAAUAGUUUGUAAUUUGAAUGGUUGGCUAUUUGGUAGUUGCAGUAAGGCAAUUAUGUGUACAGUACAUCUUACUCACACAUGUACAAAAGAAAAUGCUAGUCAGAUAUGUGUUCUGACUCGACGAUGGGGGAAGUUCCAGAUAAGUUCUGAUCUCACUGACUGUCACAGCACAAUGAGCUCACUCCUCUCGUCGGGACAAAACCUGAUCUCAAUAUAUAUGAUGAAUUCUGGUCCCAAUUAUCUCUGUCUCUUGUCUCUCAAAUUUAAUAUAACACUUUGUUUUCGUCUCUCACUCACUCACCAAUCUCUAGUCAUCUCCCAGUUGUCUCUCAAGAUGAUUUAUAUAAGUUAGUAUAUAAUUAUAAUAACAUUCCAAUCAAUUCCCAUUCAAGUACCUGAUUAUACACACCAGAAGGACCACAGGAUUAGAUUUCCACAUCAAUUAUAUGAAAAAAAAAUCAGUUUGUAAUUCAUAGAUUUUUCAAUGAUAAUUACGAGGUUAAUUCAAUCGUUAAGAAAUCAUUUAAAGAAGGAAGUCUAUAAGGUAAUUAUAUAGGAAGCUUUGAUUAUAGAUACACCGCUGUUAUAGUCGAUUAAUGACAGUUCAUAUAUAAUUGAUGAUUUAUGUACAUGCAAACAUUAUAGUAUUCACCUUACCUAUAACAAAAAUUAAUUCUUUGAUAAUAAAUAUAACUUUUGUCUAUAAUUGAUUUUCUCGAUAGUAGAUUAAUUAGCCUCAGUUAAUAAGGAGAAAAAAAUAUGAUAAUUGGUGUUAAGUAAAAAAAAAAACUGCUUGUUUAAUCUCCUACACACCUUGAUUACUUGAUUAUAUUUUGUGUGUGUUUGUAUAUAUUUGUUUGUGUGUGUGUGUUGAAAAUUAUCUCCGUGUGUUCUUUUUGGUUGUUUUAGAGUUAUAAGGCUGAAUUGAUUAUAUAUUUACCAUGUUAAAGAGAAAUAGAGAGAGAAGUUGACGGUAGAGUUGGGAAAUGCAGCCAUUAUAUCUCUCUCUCUAUCUCUAUCUCUCUCUAUCUCUCUCUCUAUAUAUAUAUCUUCUCUCAGAAUAUAAAUCUAUAUAUAUAUAUUUUUUUUUUGUAUAUACUUGUAAUUAGUACAAAAACAAAAAACCUAAAUAUAUACUUGUUCAUAGUAAGCGCUCCCCUCCCCACAAAAAAAUAAACAUGCAAAUAAAUGAUACCUUUCACUCACACGGUCAAUAUUACCUCUAAAUUAUUCACAGUAUUUCACUAAUUUUCGUUCACCCUCCGAGCUUAAACCCGCUGUACCCAAAUGACUAUAAAAUAAAUACCAAUUGACGAUAUAUUCUGGACAGCUUGAAGGUUUAGAUUCACAUUAGCUACUAUGGUAUUUAUAACUUCUCUAUAACAAACAUCAAAUUAUGUCAUUUUCCUUAUUGAUUCUUUAAAAGGAGUUUUGCUAAGUUUAUUUCUAAAGAGGGAGGGAGGAGGGGGUUCGUUAUAUGAGUGAUCGGAUUCGUUAUAUACGGGUACGGUUUAAUGCCGGCACUAAGGUAUUAAACAAAUUCGUGAUAACAAGAGGAGAUUCUCAUGUAACUCUUUGUUUAUCGCAUUAUUACCUUUUGUUUCUUUCCUUCCUUCCUUUCUUCUCUCCUUCCUUCAUUGUUACAUGCCUUCUAUCUGUCAUUUCUACUGCCUUCACCACUACUAAUUUACUUUCAUUAUAAUCAUUAUUCUCUCAUUACCAACUAAAAAAAAAACAGUCCAGAUGGUAACGCCAAAAAUUCCACCCUCCCCUCCUUUCCCUUUCCUC